AUGGGAAAAUCUUUAAGCUCGGAGGAAAGUGAAGUGAAGAAAGGGCCAUGGACACCAGAGGAAGACGAGAAGCUCGUCAGCUAUAUUCAGAUGCACGGUCCUGGUAAAUGGCGAACCCUUCCCAAGAACGCCGGGUUAAAAAGAUGCGGAAAGAGUUGUAGAUUGCGAUGGACGAACUAUCUAAGACCUGAUAUCAAGAGAGGAGAGUUCUCACAUCAAGAGGAAGAGACUAUCAUUCAACUCCAUCGUCUUCUUGGAAACAAAUGGUCCGCCAUUGCCAUUCACUUGCCAGGAAGAACAGAUAACGAGAUAAAAAAUUAUUGGAACACACAUAUAAAGAAGAAACUCUUAAGAAUGGGGAUUGAUCCGGUAACUCAUUGUCCCCGGAUCAAUCUUCUUCAGCUUUCCUCGUUUCUCACCUCAUCCUUCUUCAAAUCUAUGUCACAAUCGAUGAAUACUCCAUUUGAUCUCACUACUUCAAGUUUCGAUCCCGAAAUCUUGAAUCACAUUACUGGUUCUCUCAACAAUGUUGAAACCGAAUCAUACCAACCAAACCAACAUCUUCAAAACGACUCCCAAACCAGUUUCACCGGUUUUCUCAACUCCACACCCCCAAUUCAUUGGCAAAAUAAUGGAGAAUACUGGCAAAAUUAUCUCAAUUGCACCGGUUCAGGUGACCAAUCUUUCAACCAGGUCCAUCUAACCGGAAACUACUCAUCGGCCGCAUUUGCAUCAGAUGAAAUUAAUGACGAUGAAUAUUUUAAGGCCGGGUGGAAUUCGAGUUCAUCAAUGCUACCGGGAACUUCGUCAAGCAGCUCGACGCCAUUGAAUUCAUCUUCCACGGUUUUUAUCAAUGGUGGAAGUGAGGAUGAUAAGGUGAGUUAA